UGGCAGCUGCGACAGUGGACGCGCCGUGAAAGACGUGAAGCUGCUCGCAAAGCCCACCGUACCCUUUCAUCUGCGCUAAUACUGCAUCUCUCUGCUGCUGCGACUUCUCCUACGCCAAUUGCGCCACCCAGCAUACCUUUCUACCCAUAGUCCUCUACGAUCGACCGUCAAUAUGGCGUCGCCAUUCUCCUUCGGCCAGCAGAACAGCAGCAGCACCCCGAACAAAUCUUUGUUUGGCACAGCGGGCUCGUCCAGCGGAGCAACAUCGUCACUCUUCGGCAACACGGACACAGCUUCAAGCACACCUGGCAGUGGAGGCAGUGGACUGUUUGGCAGCGGCAAUACAGCCACAAGUUCAUCGAGUGUUUUUGGAGGCGGCGCUUCGAGCACACCUGCGAGCAAGCCCGGCGGUCUCUUUGGCGGAGGCCAAGCUACGCCAGGCGCGUCGUCAACGUCCGCCUUUGGCGGCCUCGGCGGGUUUGGAAAGCCCAGCGGCGAUACACCUAAACCUGGAAAUGCAUUUGGCGGCGCUGGAGCUACUCCCGGCGGCGCUGCACCAUCCUCUACACCCUCUUUCGGUUUCGGUACAACAGCUGGCUCAACACCGACAGCGACGCCCGCAGCGAGUAAGACGUCUUUCCUACCAUCUACUACACCAGCUGGCGCACCUCCCGGGAACAGUUUAUUCGGCCAAAACAAGCAAGCGAGCGGAAGUGCCCAAACCGGCUCUUCUUUGUUUGGCCAACAGAACAACCCGGCACCUGGAGCUGCACAGACGGGCCCAUCGUUGUUUGGAACCGCGAAGCCAUCGACAACGUCUUCUUCUACGCCUGGUAUGUUCGGAGCAGUCACACCAGGACCCUCGGCUGCGAAACCUCUAGGUAGCUCGACGCCUGGGUCGGGACUCUUCGGCCUCGGGAACACUGGUGCUUCGUCUGAUGCCAACAAUAGCGCACCCACUGCAUCUACACCUACCAGCGGGCUCUUUGGUGGUGGAAACCAAGCAGCGACACCUGGUACACAGGCCGCGCAAAACACCCCUAAACCCGGUCUUUUCGGCAGUCUUGGUAGUACGACGCCCUCGUCGACACCGGCAAGCAAACCUUCCGGAGGAUUUAGCCUUGGAGCCACGCCCGCUGCACAACCGCCUUCACAGCCCACAGCAGGCGCGACGCCCUCCUUCAGCUUAGGUGGGAGCAUGGCGGCUCCAGCAUCUUCUGCGGCUCCAUCCAGCAAUCUUUUUGCGGGUACAGGGUCAAGCACAGGUGCUUCUACGGGCGGUGGUUCUACUUUCAACUGGGGGAAACCUCCUGCAAAUACGCCUGCAAAUACGACGGCGGCAGGCGGAGCUACAACCACUGCAACGGCCGGUGGAGCCACUACGACGACUACAUCGGGUACAUCGCUCUUCCCUCCUCUUGGGGGAGGAAGUUCAGCCCCGCCCGCUGCUGGAGCUGCGGCCAGCUCCACCACGACUUCCUCUCUGUUCACCAAGCCCGCAUCGAAUGCAGCGCCACCAGCAUCAUCAACUACUACAUCUCAACCUGCCCCUAGCCUUGGAGCCACCACAGGGACUGCGGGAGGCGAUGCGGGAAAGAGCGGACUCGCCAGUUCAACUGCUGGUCCCACACCAUCGGCUCAGUCACGACUGAAGAACAAGUCUAUGGACGAGAUUAUCACACGUUGGGCGGCCGAUUUAUCAAAGUACCAAAAGGAAUUUCAACAACAAUCCGAGACGGUUGCACAGUGGGACCGGGCCCUAGUCGAAAAUUCAGACAAGGUCCGACAGCUAUACUCGAAGACGUUCCAAGCAGAGCGCGAUGCGGCUGAGGUUGAGAGGCAGCUGACGAUGAUGGAGGAGAACCAGCAAGAGCUCGAUUCUUAUCUGGAUCGUUACGAGAAGGAGAUCGAGAACUUGAUGAAGAUGCACGGUGUGAGCGGAAAGUCUGAUGGCCUUCGCGGUCCAGACCAGGAGAGGGAGAGGACGUACAAACUCGCGGAGAAGCUACAGGAUAGGCUGAACGAGUUGAACAAGGAUCUUACGGAGAUGAUUGAAGAGAUCAACAGCACAUCGCAAACGCUCAGCAAAACUGGCAAGCCAGAUGAUCCGCUGACAAAGGUGGUGCGGGUGCUCAACACGCAACUCGCACAGCUCCAGCUCAUCGACUCUGGGGCGUCUCAGUUGCAAGAGAAGAUUAGCAGAGCUCACAAGGAGAGCCAGCAUGUUGGGGCCAACGGGUGGAACGGCCUCGGAACCGAUCCGACGGCGGACUUCUAUCGCAGCUAUCGGGGCGGUCGGACGACGGAGCGAUUUGGCGGUGUCUCAUAGAGCUAAGUACAUUUGCAGGGUGUUUGAGGAUGCUUUAGGAUGAGCGACGAUAAAGUGUAGCACAAGUGGGGCGUUUGGGCGGGUUCAGGUCUUGGGUUUGACUUUGCAGGCAAGCGAUGGCUUCCUAUGCUUGGCCAGUAGUAGCGAAGAAGCAUAGAUGUGCAUGGCUACACAGCGCG